CGAGUGGUGAACUACUAGUGUGAAUAUCAUCGCUGCUCGUGCAGCGAUAAUAUUCACACUAGCCACAUCGAAACCUAGUAGCUAUGGUGUUUUUCACCUGAGCGGAGUGUUUCUUGGCAAUAGCGGUUGGCAUCUGGUAUUUGGUCGUUGAAAUGUCGACGUCUGAAGCGGCGCACGGAAUACUGUAUGAAUCGAAUUCAAAUAGUAAGUAUUUUUUUGCAUCCAUUCAUCGCAAAUGCUCAUCGAUAUCUACGUUCGAAUCAUCUCAGUGCUUGUUUUGCUUUCAUCCGUCGUUACGUCGUCCCGUGGGGCCUCGCACUUUGGCGCCGAGUUGAUGUUUGAGAGCUCGAGCGUGUACAUUUAUGUGGACCCCCGCGGACCUGAUUUCACAGCGUCUACUUCCCCAUCACGGGUGCAAAUCCAGACUUCACAAGUACAAGCGCAUACGGAUAGAAAAGCGAUGGCGAUGGACGGCCUUUUAUGCACAAAUAUGGAUGCGUAUUUGAAUUUUGUGGAUGUGUGAUGGUGUUUUGCUCAGACAGACUCCGACUAACUUCGGUGCUGCUAGUAAGUACAACGGCAGAAAUCCGAAAGUGCCCUGGACUGACCACGAUAGAUUGCUUUGCAGUAGAAGGUACAAUCGGCAUCAAGUUACAUGCACACACUAAUCUACAAUCCAUUUAAUUGUA